CGCGUAAAACGAUGAAUUUUCCGCUACGAGAAAAAAAAGAAACCGGUAAUAAAAUUGUCAUAAUAGCAUUGGAUCAUCGACUAAUCCAGAUCAUUAACAUGGCGACGCGAUUACUCUCGCAUGUAGAGCCUCGACGAUGAUCGCGCGCGGCUCUACUAUGCAAGAUAAUUUAGUACCACUCGCGAUAAGGAGCGCAACGUACGUGAAGUGUGAUCCCUCGAGCGAAGACUAUAUACACGUGUUCGGAGCUGCCCCAAUGUCGCCGAGAUAAUAGUACGGGUCUUGGGGUAUGUUUGUGCGACAGGAUUGAAAAAUCGGUUCAACGCGAGAAAUGACGGAAGAGGACAGGAGCGCGCUGACCAACGGCGAGUCUACGGUGAAGAUCGUUAAGAAGGUAGCGCAGGAUGACGGUGAAAACGAGACGACGCCGAAGGAAAUCGAUAUCGCUAUUAAGGUCUACAGGAGGAGGUGGUUUAUGCUGUGCUUGUACAUAUUCUACACCGCACUCGUCGCCGCUCAGUGGAUACAGUACUCGAUCAUUGCGAAUAUCAUCCAGAGGUACUACGAUGUCUCGUCGUUCGCAGUGGACUGCACCUCGAUGAUCUUCAUGUUCUACUAUGGGAUCUUCAUCUUCCCCGUGUCUUACUUGUCGGACAGGAUAGGUCUGAGAUGGACGAUCAUAGCAGGAAGUGCUCUGUGCUGUGUUGGAUCCUGGAUCAAGAUCCUGUCGGUGGAUCCGGACAAGUUCUACGUCGCGUUGAUCGGACAGUCCGUGAUCGCCGUUUCGUUGGUAUUUGUGUUACCUCUUCCGGGCAGAGUCGCAGCUGAGUGGUUCGCUGCUGACGAGUUGUCGACGGCGACGUCCCUCGGGAUCUUUGGUCCUCAGCUGGGUGUCUCUGUCUCUUUUCUCCUGCCGCCGGUCGUAGUCAAGAAUCACGAAAAUGUCGCAGACAUCGGUACCGAUCUGGCAUUUAUGUUCUGGUUCGUCGCUGUCGCGGCGACCCUUAAUCUCGCCCUCGUCCUACUGUUCUUCCAGGAUCAGCCAAAGUUGCCGCCCAACAAGACGGUGGCUCUGCAGAAGAUGAAAAAGGGCGAGAAGGCUGAACCGUUUGUGAAACCAAUGAAGCGACUUAUGACGAACCAGAGCUUCCUGAUUCUCUGUAACUCGUAUGGGCUGAAUGUCGGGAUCCUUAACGCGCUUGGUACUUUGCUUAAUCAGCUCUAUCUUAUACACUUCGAAAAUGGAGAAGAAGACGCCGGUAGGAUCGGCCUUUUGAUCAUUCUCACGGGAAUGUUCGGCUCCAUAACGUUUGGGAUCAUACUCGACAAGACGCACAAAUUCAAAGAGACUACGGUGAUCGUAUACUUUUUGACGCUCUGCGGCCAGAUACUUUUCGCUAUCGCCAUAUUUCUGGAAGUCAAAUGGAUGGUCUACGCAUCCUCGGUUUUCCUAGGGUUCUUCAUGUCGGGCUACCUAAUGCUGGGCUACGAAUUAGCUGCCGAGUACACGUAUCCAGAGUCGGAGUUCUACUCGGCUGGUAUCCUCAACAUCACAAACAACGUCUACGGAAUUAUACUGGUGUUAAUUUUGGAAGUGAUGCUCGAGCACUACGGUGAUGUACCUGUCCACGUGAUCUUCUGUGUCGCCUUACUUGUCGGUCUCAUCAUGACUAUCAUGACCAAGGAUGAACAGAGACGGCAAGAAGCGCAAAAGGCUGGGAAUAAGAGUCUUUACCAGAAUGUUCCCGUUGACGAGAAGAAUAUCAAGGAUAUCGGUGUUUGAAGGAUGAUAUUGAAAUUUUAGGUUAAUUACUCAUUUCUAUGAUGAAUUGGUAAUCCAACGAUUGAAUGAUUUUAGUGCAUUUUUCGAACUUCUUACAACUUUCAUGAAAAAAUGGACAGAGAGGUCUGAAGAUCUAUAUAGAACAAUGUAGUUAUUACGAAACUCUAGCAGCAAUAAUAUAGUGUAAACAAGUAUGCGAUUCCAAUCAGUCUACAUAGGACAUCUGAAAGUACAAAACGAUUGUUACCUACAAAUAAAUACACACGACAAUAGUUAUACAUGGACGAACGCGAAAAACAAGCGAAAACGUCGUACAGAUUUUUUUCAACUACGCCAAUUGUUAAAUUAUCGCGAACCGCUCUCGCCAAAGGGAAAAAUACGCGCGUUUCUCCAUUGACGAGGCAAUCUAAUUUCCCGCAGCGGGAAAUUACAUUUUCCACUCACGCACACUCACGUUAGUAACAUCGACGGCUUUACUUCCUGUCCGCGUCGAUGCGCUACGAUCGCCUUUUUUUACUAAAUUGUUAGUUUGUACGAAGUAGGUUGUUAAAUAAAAAAUAAAUUGCGCCCGUUUUGUAGUUCCUCGAGAGGUAAAUCGAAUUGUUUUAAUCCUCAGAAACUUCAAUUAAGUGAGGAAGCUGUCGAGCUAGAUUGGAAUCUUGCUCGAAUUGCAAAUUCACAAAAGAGUCCAAUUGACUCGUUUGCAUAUUAUGUACCCAAUAAAAAAUCGAAACACGUGCAUUUUAAAA